UUCAGAUAUAGGGUCUGACACCGCCACCCCGCCCGAGCUGCCGUACGCCGCCGCCCGAGUCCUCUCCGACCUACACGGCGUCGUCCGCCCCCGCCCACGUCCGCUCCCUUCCACAGCCGUCGUGCCUCGCCUCCAAGCUGUGGGUUCCCUCCCCUCCCCUCCUCUCCGACUGUGGUGUCCUCUCUGCUACCUCCAGAAGAUGCACCCCGUCCCCGAAUCGGCGAAUCCAACUCCCGAAGCUGCUCUUGCCAUGGAUUCCCCAAGCAUCAAGUCUGUUUUGCAGAGCAAAAUUGAAGAUAGAAUUGAUCCCACUGCAGGAGAAGAUUCCGUUGUUGCCAGCAAAGAUGAAGACAGAAUUAGUGCGCUACCCAGUGAAAUUCUUCUCCACAUCCUAGAACGCCUUGAUGUCCGCACGGCGAUUUGGGCCGGCACUGUCGCAACACGGUGGAGGCACCUUCCUCAUCAACUAUCUCAUCUGCUCAUCAGUACCUCGGACGUCUGUAAGCCCGGUUACACGACAGAUGAGAUAAUGAAGGCAUACACGGACGCGACGAGGAGGUUGCUGUCUCCUCCGGCUUGCAAGUGCACUCGAACCAUCAAAACAUUGAUGCUCAGGUGCUACAUUAUGGACCCUUACUUGUCCAUAAUUGGCCAUACGGUUCAGGAUGUCGUGAAGAACCGCGAACCUGAAUACCUCGAGUUCGCAAUGUGCCCAGAUGUUGCUUCUCCAAGUGAUGCCCAAUUAGCCUUGUAUGGACAGCGGUUUAUGUCAUUCUUUGGUGCAUACCCUGGCGCCUUCGAAUCGCUCACUAGACUAAUCCUUGAGAACCUCACGUUUCAAGCCUCAGAUGUCGCCAAUCUUGUUAACACUUGCAGUAAACUUAAGAUUCUUUGCUUGAGAUUCUGCGUAAUGCCCCAGGAAUCUGUCCUUGAAUUAGACGCCCCAAGCUCGGACCUCAGAUCAAUUGAACUUAGAUUCUUUAGAUGCUUACACGUUAAGCUAACCUGUCUUCCUAAACUGAGGGUACUGAUGUAUGAUGCUUGGUCUUGUGAAAACCCCCAAUGUAUUUUGGCUAUGUUCCUCAGCUUCAUCAACUCGCUUUUGGUUGUCCUGCCCAGUAUUGGCAGAAGCCAUUCGCACUGAGCCAAUGUUUAUCUAGUGACACAAACCGGGGGAAUCUGGUUUUUAAUUUUUACAAUCAACGGAUCUGGGUUGAGCCUGAAGGUCCACAACGGCUGACUCCUAUAUUCAGCAAACUGACACAUGCGCACCUUGGCGGUAUAUCUACUGAAUGUGAUUUGAAUUGGACUAUGUUUAUACUUGAAGGCGCGCCUUCACUGCAGAAUUUCCAUUUAUAUCGUCAUUCAUGUGAAUUCAAUAAGUCCGAGGACGAUGCUGAGAAGACCAACUUGGUGUGGCAAGCAUCCAAUUUCAAGCACUUGAAAUUGAAAUUGUUUAUGAUGAAAGGGUUCGAGGAGGAAUACAAGGUGAUGAAUUAUAUACGCCUCGUCAUGGAACGAGCCGUGUGCUUGAAGAGAAUUGAGUUGCCUGCUAAAAUCCAAUGCAAUAAGUGCACUACCAUAUCUCCAAGAUUUCCGGUGGAUGAAGCCAGCAACCACCGCAUCAGGGAGCAACUCAGACAUGGAUUGUCCUCAUCCGCAGACAUAAUAAUUGGAUGAUGGUACAGUCAAUGAGUAAUCCGCGAGGAUAAUGUUUGGAUGAUGACGGGCUUAGUCUGGUCGGUUGCGCCUAUAUAUUGGAUGAUGUGUUAGAAUUGCUGCUAUACAUUGCGCAUUAGGCGCAAACAGUUAUAACCUCUUCUGUUUUUUUUAUUGAUAGCCAGGAAAUGGUCAAUGUGGUUCUUGAUUCGUGUGUACUUUAAACUAUAUUCUUCAAUUUAAGUGAAUUAUAUGCAGUGUGCA